CGGCCUUUCGCACCUUCCUGUAUCUUUCUGUACCACACUCGUCGGGAUGCAUCUCUGCUGCAGUACCAGGCACGAGCAUGAACAUCCUUACAUUUGUCUGAACGUUCUCCAUGGCUGACAGCUGGAUUCGCUCCUUGCCUCCUGUGUACGCGACUGGUACACAUGCACCGACAAUGACUGCGUGUCCUCUAUUUUAUCAGUGAUAACUUUGCACUGAGCGAAGCUGUCGUCGUCUGCUACACGCAACCCACGCCAGACGUACGAUGGCGACGUGUGAAGAGCUCGCAAAGCAGAAGACAGAUGACGACGACGAUAGCGAUGUCAUAGUGCCACGAGAGGACGUUCACGCGUUCUGCAUGAGAUGCCUGCAGAAGGUGGGCGCCGUCACAGAACACGCCGAGGCAAUGGCCGAACUCAUCGUGGCGGCUGACUACCGGGGCUUCUACAGCCAUGGACUCAAUAGGCUGGAUUUUUAUAUGGAAGACCUUCGCAGUGGACAAGUCAUCUCUAAACCUGAAGUGAACCCAGCGAUUGUGAAGGAAACAGUGGCUACUGCUUUGGUAGACGGCAACAACCUCAUGGGUCCCGUGGUGGGCACCUUCGCCAUGGAUCUCGCCAUACGCAAGGCCAAGCAGGCCGGCAUUGGGUGGGUCAGUGUCAAAGGAUCGAACCACUUCGGUAUCGCUGGGUGGUACAGCAUGAGGGCCAUGGAACAAGAGCUCAUAGGAAUGGCUUUCACAAAUACAUCGCCAUGCAUGGUUCCAACACGCGCCAGACAGACAGCACUUGGGACAAAUCCAAUCUCAGUUGCGGCCCCUGCUGAUGAUGGCGACAGCUUCGUCUUGGACAUGGCGACGACUGUGGUGGCGUUGGGAAAGGUGGAAAUAAAGCAUACGCUCCAGCAACCACUUCCGUCAGGCUGGUCCUUAGACAAAGACGGCAGACCGACAACGGACAUAGAAAAAGCCAUGACAAGCGUCGCACUAUACCCACUAGGGGGCGCGGAAGAAACGAGUGGCUACAAAGGCUAUGGACUGGCCAUGAUGGUGGAGGUUUUCUGCAGCAUCCUCAGUGGAGCCACCGCAACGCCGUUCGGUCGCAUGUGGGGCAGAGAUACUGAACCCGGUGGGGCCAACCUCGGACAUUGUUUCGUGGCCCUGGACCCACAGGUGUUUGCUCCGGGGUUCACUGACCGCUUGAGUGAGCUGUUGAACCACUGUCGCAACCUCCCGCCGGCAGAGGGAGAGAGCGAGGUGUUAGUCCCAGGUGACCCAGAGCGACAACACGUUAAAAAAUGCGAUGCCCUGGGCGGAAUCCCCUACGAACAAAAUCAGAUUCAAUGGGCGCAUAACCUGGCCGAGAAGAACGGACUGGCGCCUCUGGUGCGACUGUCGGGAUAAGUGUUGGACAAGUGCACACACUAACCACUCUAUAACACCGCAAUAUUCAGGUGUGAAUGCUGACAAAGAAGUUUACCUGUCUGCCGAUUUGUUUUGUUGUGCCCUCACAUUCGCACAGAGUACAAUCAUCGUGUUAUUAUAUUUGUGGGUAAUAAAGUAUAUGUAAGCAG